AUGUCGGCAGCGCUGCUUUUCAUCAACCGAGUGAACAGCAACAGCAGCAGCAGCAGCACCUGGAAUCGCCGGCGAGGAAAGGAUCCGCUUCCGCCGUGUCGGACGAAAUUAGGAAGUGUGGCGAACGGCGACACUUCUGUCGGGGAACCCCGUUCCGUGCUUAAUGUCGGCAGCGCUGCUUUUCAUCAACCGAGUGAACAGCAACAGCAGCAGCAGCAGCAGCACCUGGAAUCGCCGGCGAGGAAAGGAUCCGCGUCCUCUCUUAACCGGGCGCUCGAGGACUCUGCUGCGAGUAACACACACACUAACUCCGCUUCCCCUGCUGUGAACACCAGUUCCGCCGUGUCGGACGAAAUUAGGAAGUGUGGCUAUCUGAGAAAGCAGAAACACGGCCAUAAGAGGUUUUUCGUCUUGCGGGCGUCGAGUCAUCUGGGGCCGAGCAGACUGGAAUAUUAUGACAGUGAGAAGAAAUUUCGAAACACUCUGCGCUCGAGCGCCGCCGCCGCAUCAGCUGGUGCCUCUCCCCCCAAAAGAGUGAUCUAUCUCUACCAGUGUUUCACUGUGAAUAAAAGGGCGGAUUCUAAGAAUAAACAUCUCAUUGCUUUGUAUACUAAGGAUGAAUACUUUGCGAUUGUCGCUGAGAAUGAGCAGGAGCAGGAGGAGUGGUACCAGGCGCUCGGUGAGCUCAUGAGUGAGGGGAAGAGAGGCCACGUGGACGCGGAUGAGAUUGACGAUGGAUAUGGUACUGUGACCCCUGGGACUGACUUUAAGGAAGUGUGGCAGGUAAAUGUUAAACCAAAGGGCUUGGGCCAGACGAAGAAUCUAAUCGGCGUGUAUAGGCUCUGUCUGUCUGCCAAGAGCAUUCACCUGGUGAAGCUGAACUCUGAGACACCUUGCGUGAACUUGCAGCUGAUGAACAUUAGACGCUGCGGCCAUUCAGAGAGCUUCUUUUUCAUUGAGGUUGGCCGGUCUUCUUCUAUAGGACCUGGGGAGGUUUGGAUGCAGGUGGAUGAUUCUGUGGUGGCUCAGAACAUGCACGAGACCAUUCUAGAGACCAUGAAGGCACUGAAGGCAUUUGCCGAGUUCAGGCCCAGAAGCAAAAGCCAGUCUUCUGGCACCAACCCGAUGGGUUUCAUCACCACACGACGACACUUGGGCAACCUCCCACCCAGCCAGACAGGGCUCCAGCGGCGGUCUCGAACCGAGUCUGUGGUGGGCACUCCACCCAGCAGGAAGAGCAGUGGAGCAAGUGGGUAUCGAUUCCGCACCUCAAGUGAGGGAGAAAGCACGAUGAACCGCCCCUUUCGCUCUGUGACAGGUAGCCUUAUUCAUCUCAACACAGCCCGUGCUAACCUGAGCCGACAGGAAAGUAGCAGUGGGGCUGGGGCCCGCUAUAUUCGUGCCCCACCAAGCUCCACUUAUCAUGCCCGUUCUGCCUCGCUGCCAGUGUCACACUUUCCUUCUACCACCAGUCCCAUCAGCAUGUCCAGCAGCAGCGGGCAUGGCUCUGUGUCAGACACUAUCACUCGCCCCUCCAGCGCGUCCAUUUGUGGAUCCCCAAGUGAUGGUGGAUUCAACUCGUCUGAUGAGUAUGGCUCCAGCCCUGGAGACUUCCGGUACUUCAGAGUACGCAGCAACACCCCUGACUCCCUGGGAAACACACCACCUAUCCGUGAGGAGCACUGCCUCAAUGACUACAUGGCUAUGGGCUGGAAUCGCGAUGUGUUUGGAACAAAUGCAGCUGAGGCGAUCAAAGAUGAGAGUGCAGAUGAAGAUUCACGACCGGGGUCUUUAAGGAGGCGGACACCCUCCUUCUCCAGGCAGGUUGGGGGCGCUAGUGCUGCUGGAGUUGCUGUUUAUCAGAAAAUGACCCAGACCACCUUCUCGCUGGACGAGGCUGUGGCUGAGAGCUCUUGGGGUGGCAGUGUCCAAACUGUCUCUACCUCCUCCUCCCUCUGCUCUGACUACAGCUCCAGUUCUGAACACAGCCAGGACCGGGCCCCUAGCCUACGGCCUGCAGACGGGCCUAAAGAUGAUGGGUACAUGCCCAUGAUGGCAGGUGUGCUGCCCUACGCUAGUGAUGCAGACUACAUGCCUAUGCAACCAAAUAUCCUCCUCUCUGCCUCUGCACAAGUCCAAAGUGCUGCUUUAAAUGUUCCCCAGCACAUGGACUCUCAAGGCUAUAUGAUGAUGCUCCCUGGUAGAAGUGGGGCUACGGACUCUCCCGUCACAUCCAGCCCUGACAUUAGCAGACGAGCAGAGGGGCGAAGAGCCUCAGACCGCCAGAAUGCAGAAUACAUAGAUAUGUCUCAGAGCAGCUCCACAGUUAAUGCUCAAAAGGUUUCCGCUGAGAAUUAUUAUGCCUUGACCACUCCUGGUGUCCCCAAAUCCUACAGUCCCUAUUUCUCCCUCCCUCGCUCAUACAAGGCUCCAUCCAGAAACCAGGUAGAGCAUGAUGAUUAUGUCCCAAUGAGUUCCCCAGCAAAACCAGUCUACAUUUCACCCACAGCCACCCCAGAUCGCAGUAGCAGGUGCCCACCUUCUGAGUCCUCUCAACAUAAUGACUUCACGGAUCGCCGUGCCGUACGGCCGAACCGCCUGCCCCUGGGAAGGCGAAGUUUGCACAGCUCUCUGCGAGCAGGAGAAGUGGCAGUGCGCCCUUCCAGCCCUGGAGAAUACAUCAAUAUUGAAUUUGGGGAUCGGCCCACAUAUUCUCCCUGCCCCCCCUCAACCCUUAGUAUUAACCGGGAGCAGCGCAAGUCCCCGCUGCCACAGGAUUACAUGACUGUCGAGGUGGAUGGUCUUCCACCAAAGAGUCGGUCCCCACGGCCCUCCCUGGUGGCCCCCUGGAAUCCUCCUUCAUAUAGCCGGCCCUCCUCAUCUUCCCACAGCAGUGGGCUCACGGUGGGUAAGCCUGACGACUACACGGAAAUGUCUUUUGGGCCUGAGGAGGAGUCCAAGAGCCCUACAGCCAUGCUUGAGCACCUGUGUGUUCUGGAGCAACAGUUUUUCCCCUUCAGCCCUCCAACUGAGCCUAAGGUUGUCCGUGCUGAUCCCCAGGGCAGGCGGAGACACAGCUCGGAGACCUUUGUCACAUCAUCAGGAGCGUCAGGUGGAAGUGGCACGGACUCCAAUGGCACCAUGCCUAGCAAUAGUGGGGCUCACCAGGUGGGCUGCAGCAAUCGUCAGAACUUUGACUGUGGUUGGACUGACGGCGUGACAUUCGGCAGUGAGGGUGCACAUGGAAACUCCUUGGAUAGAGCCGAUUCCCCCUCUGUGAGGUCUGCAAGGACUCUACCUGUGGAACACCAGAAUGGCCUGAACUACAUCACCCUAGACCUGAGAGACGAUCUCCAGCCUGGAAACAGUCAUGAUGCGCUUGCCUUGUCAUCCUCCAGCGUUCCUCCCCCAGAGAAUGGUGCCUAUGUCAGCAUGGAUUUAAUUAAAUCUGAGGGUCUUACAUCGGCGUCUAAAGGGAUCUUUGUGGGAGUCCCUGCCUUAUGGGGAGGGGUGUGACGACCCCUGUCGUUUGUUGGUGGGAUCCCUUUUGAGCCCACAAUCUACCUUGAUUGGCAGCCGUUUGAAACACCUGUUCUCUAUCAGACGCUCCGUUUAAAAGAGGCCUCCGCUUGAGCCAGAGUGGGGCUUCAGUUUUGGAUAUUUGGUUUUGUGGCUUGUUUGGUUUGCUUUUGCCCUCGCACUUCAAGACCACAUCUCCCUACAUCCAUGCAUUUCGCAUUACACACUGGCAUUACUGAUGUUUUUCCAAUACAUGGUUGUUUUCUUUAUGGUUUUCUUUACUUUUUUCAUGUGACUCUAAUUU